AUGAAAGCUAAAGAUGAAGAGCAGGUUAUUAAUACCCUCAAGAACUUCUUAGCAUCAAUAGGUAUCCGCCAGAAGAGUUCUGAGCAGACAAGAGCUAAGAAUAUUGAUGUCUACAGAUCUACACCUAAGUGAUAUGAUGAUCCUAGGAGAAGGGAAAAAUUUACUAAUUUCUUAACCAGCCUUAUGGAACAGAAAGAACUUUCCCCUGAAGAUUUUAGGUUGAACAAGUCUCGAUCUGAUCGACGAACUCAUUCCAAUAUCAAAUCGGUAAAUUUCAACGAGCUUGCUGGAAAAGAAGUCAUAACAUUUUUACCCAAAAUGUUAAUUGAACAACAAGGAAAUUCAUUCCAAAGAAGACUUGCAUCUACCAAUACAAAACGAACUCACAUGAGAGGACAAAAGCUGUUAAGAAUGGUGAAAAUUAAAUAGUUCGAUCUUUGACCAAGGGACUUUAAAGCCUAACCAGAACAUUAGAGGGACAGAAGACACAGACAAGAUUCUUGUUAGAAAUUGCAUCAACUAUUGAAGUAGAAUUAGGCCAAAUUUACUACCUAAAAUUCGCAAAUAAGCCAAGAGAUCAUCCUUUAUUUCCAAAGAAAAUUAAUAAAGAGAAGAAAAUGCUUGAAAAUAGCUCACUAAAGGCAACUGCUUAUAAGAAGCCACAUCUUCAUACUCCCUUUCCCAAUGAUUAUGAUAGAGGGUUCUCUAAUAGCCCAGGCAUUAAGCUGAGUCAUAAAAGAUCCUUCGCAAGUCCAAAACAAGAUAAUUGCCUAGUCAAGAAAGCUCCUUUACUAGAUAGGAAAAACUGUAAAUCAGAACUCGGACAUCAUAAAAAGGAUAAAUCCAUCCUUAGAGUUCAGCUGACUUCUAAUAGGCAGAAGAGAGGGAAGUCAAUAGGCUUUAGUGAUGAGCCACUCAAGCCCAAGCUAUUUGAGCUUACAAGAUCAGGGCUUAAGGAGAGUAGAUCAAGGUUCUAAAUGCAGUUUUAUAUAA